AUGGAACCAGCCAAUAAAUCCGAAAUAUCUCCAAACAGCUUCUUGCUGAUGGGCAUCCCAGGGCUAGAGCACUUGCACGUCUGGAUUGGGAUUCCCUUCUGCUCCAUGUAUGUGGUGGCUGUGGUGGGGAACGUGACCAUCCUGGCUGUGGUGAGGGCAGAGCGAAGUCUCCACGAGCCCAUGUUCCUGUUCCUGUGCAUGCUCUCAGUGACUGACCUGGUGCUGUCCACGUCCACGCUGCCGCGCAUGCUCUGUCUCUUCUGGCUGGGAGCCCACCACAUUGCCUUUGAUGCUUGCCUGGCUCAAAUGUUCUUCAUCCACAGCUUUACCGCCAUGGAAUCAGGCUUCUUCUUGGCCAUGGCCAUUGACCGGUACGUGGCCAUCUGUGAACCACUGCGUCAUGCUAUGGUUCUCACCCACAGUCGCAUUGCCCAAAUGGGAGCUGCUGUGCUGGUGAGGGGAGUAGCCUUCUUUUCCCCACACCCCAUCCUGCUCAAGCAGCUCCCCUACUGCAGGACUCGAAUCAUCGCACACACCUACUGCGAGUUCAUGGCUGUGGUGAAGCUGGCGUGUGUGGACACAGGAGCCACCAAGCGUUACAGCCUCAGUGUGGCUUCUGUGAUCGGCUCCUGUGAUGGCUUUUUCAUUGUCUUCUCUUAUGUUCUAAUCCUCCGUGCAGUCUUUCGUCUUCCCUCCAGAGAAGCCCGUCUGAAAGCUCUGGGCACAUGUGGCUCCCAUGUCUGUGUCAUCCUUGUUUUUUAUUCCACGGCUGUUUUUACUUUCUUGACUCACCGCUUUGGACACAAUGUGCCCCCCCAAAUUCACAUCUUCAUUGCAAAUAUGUAUCUUCUCGUACCCCCCUUUUUGAACCCCAUUGUUUAUGGUGUUAGGACGAAGAAAAUUCGGGAGCGUGUUCUUAGUUCUCUAAGGGCAAAAGUUGUCUGA